AUAUUUAUAUACAGUAGAUUUUUGUAUCUCUUCCUCGGAACCUUUCUCCCAAUAUCACAAUCUUCUUCUUCGCCAACCUUAUCUCUCUCUUUCUCUUUCUCUCUUUUUCUUGUUAUUAACCUGUUAAAGGCUCAAAUAUUUAGAUUAUUUCUCGGACUUGUAGAGAUAGAGAGAAAGAGAGAGUGUGUCUAACAAAAAUGGAAGCUGUUCUACAAACAAAAGGGCUUCUUUAUCUGCCUUCAAAACCCAAAACCAGAGCAUUUUACCCAUUACCUCAAGGGGGUUUAAGGCACCGAUUCAAUUCUUUUAAUUCUCUUAAACCUAAACCCCUUGAAGGAUUAUCUCUAUCUUUAUCUUCUGAUGGUUUCCAAAAAUUUCAAGGCUUUGCUAAAAAGCCACAAUUGAUUAGUCAAAAGAACAGAUUUUUUCCAGUUUGUAAAGCAGAGGCUGCAGCUGCAGCUGAUGGGGUACCACUUUUGGGAGAAAAUGAGUCACCUAAAUUCAUGGGAAUUGAGCUUGUGACACUCAAGAAAAUUAUUCCACUUGGGCUUAUGUUCUUUUGUAUUUUGUUUAAUUACACAAUCUUGAGAGACACUAAGGAUGUUUUGGUUGUAACAGCUAAAGGGUCAAGUGCUGAGAUUAUACCUUUCUUGAAAACAUGGGUGAAUUUGCCUAUGGCUGUAGGCUUCAUGCUUUUGUACACAAAGUUGGCUAAUGUGUUGUCAAAGCAGGCUCUUUUCUAUACUGUGAUCCUUCCCUUUAUUGCUUUCUUUGGGGCAUUUGGGUUUGUUUUGUAUCCCCUUAGCAAUUACUUUCACCCCACAGCUCUUGCUGAUCAACUUUUGAACAUUCUGGGUCCAAGGUUUCUUGGACCAAUUGCUAUAUUGAGGAUCUGGAGUUUCUGUUUGUUCUAUGUCAUGGCUGAGCUUUGGGGAAGUGUGGUGGUUUCAGUUCUUUUUUGGGGGUUUGCUAAUCAGAUUACAACAGUUGAUGAGGCUAAAAGAUUCUAUCCAUUAUUUGGACUUGGAGCAAAUGUUGCUCUUAUUUUCUCUGGUCGUACAGUGAAGUACUUCUCUAAUCUGAGAAAAUCGUUGGGUCCUGGAGUUGAUGGUUGGGCCGUCUCUUUGAAAGCAAUGAUGAGCAUUGUAGUGCUGAUGGGGCUUGCGAUCUGUGGCAUUUACUGGUGGGUGAAUCACAAUGUUGCGCUACCGAACCGUAGCAAGAAGAAGAAGGAGAAGCCUAACAUGACCACGAUGGAGAGCUUGAAAUUUUUGGUCUCCUCAAAGUAUAUCAGGGAUCUUGCAACAUUGGUCGUAGCAUACGGCAUAAGUAUCAACCUUGUUGAGGUUACUUGGAAAUCAAAGCUCAAAGCUCAGUUCCCAAGCCCAAACGAAUACUCUUCUUUCAUGGGUGACUUCUCUACUGCUACUGGGAUAGCAACUUUCACGAUGAUGUUGUUAAGCCAGUGGAUAUUUGACAAAUAUGGUUGGGGAACAGCAGCUAAGAUAACACCCACGGUCUUGCUUCUUACUGGAGUUGGAUUCUUCUCCCUGAUUUUGUUUGGUGAUCCCCUUGCCCCUGCUCUUGCCAAGUUUGGGAUCACUCCUCUUUUAGCGGCUGUCUAUGUGGGUGCUAUGCAGAACAUUUUCAGUAAGAGUGCAAAGUACAGUUUGUUCGAUCCUUGCAAAGAAAUGGCCUAUAUUCCUCUGGAUGAGGACACCAAGGUUAAAGGGAAGGCAGCAAUUGAUGUUGUCUGCAAUCCACUGGGAAAAUCUGGAGGAGCCUUGAUACAACAAUUCAUGAUUUUGACUUUUGGUUCGCUUGCCAACUCAACUCCCUACCUUGGAGGUGUGCUACUAGUAAUUGUACUUGGAUGGUUAGGAGCAGCCAGGUCUUUAGACGGCCAAUUCACUGCAUUGCGUCGUGAGGAAGAGCUCGAGAAGGAAAUGGAAAGAGUAGCAGUGAAGAUCCCUGUUGUGUCACAAGAUGAAAGUGGAAAUGGUUCUCUUACAAGUGACUCGUCGUCACUGAAUCCCACGGGAGGUGACUCAGCCGGUGCAUCAACUGAACCUUCGUCCCCAAGGAAUGUGUAAUUUUGCUGUUAUAUCACCUCCAAAGCAGGAGGAAUAUGAAAACAAAAUAGGAGAUGCAUGUCGGUUGCAGGUUCAACUAUUCAAUGAAGUUCCCAAAAAUUUUCUUGGUUGUAGGAAUUUGUUCUUACUCGAUAGAAAUAAAUACGAAUAGAAGGACAAGAAUGUCACUGACUUGGCUGCCCUUAGAUGUUGUAAGCUUAUUGGAGUAGUUCCAAUCAUUCAGCUUUAUAGCUCUCAUGAUAUGAAAAUGCUAUUUGCUGCUAACUUGCUGUGUAGCGAACACUUCGAGAAGAAUCUUCGACUGAUGUGUGGAAAGAAGAGCAGAAUAAUUCUGUGCAUACGCUUCUACAUGCU